CAGACGUGUCGCUGCCAUGGCGGAUCCCGGUCGGCUGGAGCGGCUGGAGCGGCGGGUGCGGGAGCUAGAGGAGGAGCUGGCCCGGGAGCGGGGCGGGCGGCGGCCGGCGCGGACCCGCAUCGACACCAUGAGCCCGGAGGUGACGGACUCCAACCCCUACAGUCGCUUGAUGGCAUUAAAAAGAAUGGGAAUUGUCAAAGACUAUGAGAAAAUCCGUACCUUUACAGUUGCAGUAGUAGGUGUAGGUGGAGUUGGCAGUGUGACUGCUGAAAUGUUGACAAGGUGUGGCAUUGGUAAGCUGCUUCUGUUUGACUAUGACAAAGUGGAACUGGCAAACAUGAACAGACUCUUCUUCCAACCUCAUCAAGCUGGAUUAAGUAAAGUGCAAGCAGCAGAGCAUACUUUGAGGGAUAUUAAUCCUGAUGUUCAGUUUGAAGUACAUAACUACAACAUCACAACACUGGACAACUUUGAACACUUCAUGGACAGAAUAAGUAAUGGUGCACUGGAGGAAGGGAAACCUGUUGACCUUGUUCUAAGCUGUGUAGACAACUUUGAAGCUCGCAUGGCGAUUAACACGGCCUGCAAUGAACUUGGUCAAAUCUGGAUGGAAUCUGGAGUCAGUGAAAAUGCAGUGUCGGGACACAUACAGCUGAUCAUACCUGGUGAAUCCGCUUGUUUCGCGUGUGCUCCUCCACUUGUAGUUGCUGCAAAUAUUGAUGAGAAGACAUUGAAACGAGAGGGAGUUUGUGCAGCCAGUCUUCCUACAACUAUGGGUGUUGUGGCAGGAAUGCUGGUACAAAAUGUUCUGAAAUACCUGUUAAAUUUCGGUACUGUGAGUUAUUAUCUUGGUUACAAUGCAAUGCAGGAUUUCUUCCCAACUAUGUCUAUGAAGCCAAACCCACAAUGUAGCGACCACAAUUGCAGAAAACAGCAAGAAAAUUAUAAGAAAAAAGAAGCUGCACAACCAAAACAAGAAGUAAUUGAAAAGGAAGAUGAAAUAGUACACGAAGACAAUGACUGGGGCAUCGAAUUAGUAUCAGAAACUUCAGUAGAUGAGCUGAAGGCUGCGUCUGGCCCGGUACCCGACCUUCCUGAGGGAAUUACUGUAGCAUAUACUAUCCCAGAAAAGGAAGAGAAUUCGAUAAUGAAGGAAACGGUAGCAGAGUCUGAAGAAAGCCUGGAAGAACUCAUGGCCAAAAUGAGAAACAUGUAGAAAAAUAAAUAUUAAGUACAACUUCAGAUCAACAUGGAUUUUGAGAAGACCAGUCUUCUUACUUUUUUUCUUUACCUCCAGUGAAGCUUACCUUUACCUUUCUAAAGAAGUGGAACUGUUACAUGGGCAGGAAGGACACAGAUUUACAUUGUUCAUAUUCUGUUGUCUAGUCACUCUUUACCAUACAGAGUUGUGCUACUGUAAAUUUUAGUUUCUCAGCAUUGCUAGUGUCCAGAUAUUCAGUAGAAAAUAAAAAGACAUGACUUUCA